CGUUGCAGACUCCCGUCGAGCGAGGAUCAUUCGUCUGUCGUUGUGGAGUGGCAGAAUUUUGAUAAUUAAUCAGACAGGGAGAGGUCAAGGACCCCUUCACUUGAUCACAGGACAAUGGACCUGGGACUCGGAUUAGCUGAAACUAUGAAAAAUAUUGUAGCUAAAGGAAUACAGACUGAAAUGGGCUCUCCCUUUCAAGGAACAGGUUAUGUGACAGAGAAGUUGUAUAUGCUCUUACAACUUUAUCUCCAAAAUAAGGGUUGGAAUCCUUCUGUUGAACUUUUACAAUGUUUUACCGAAUUAAAGGAGUCUUCAAUGCUGCCGAGUGCUUCUUACUUACAGAUGAUGGCAAACCGGGUAACAUUAGACUCUCAAGGACGGUUGGUAUUGAGAGAGAAUGGCAAAAUAAUUCUACCGUUUGAACACUUUGCCAAUGCAGUUAUGUUAAAGCAUAUGAAUGGUCCACACGGUUUGCAUUUGGGAGUGGAGGGAACAGUCAGAGCUGUUAUGGACUCUUAUACCAUUGGAAGAGAAAAUUUUGGCAUGGAGAAAGAGUUUAUUGUAGAAGUGGUGCAAAACUGUCCUAACCCUGCCUGCAGAUAUUACAAGACACAGUUGGAGUUAGCACAUAACAAACCGACAUACAUACCAGAACCACCAGGUCCGGUCGGCAGUUCCACUGAGACUAGUACCAGUACGGGAGGAGGGGGAAGCAGUCAUCCUGCUGAGACUGAAACACCUGCCCCGCCUCCCGCCAAAACCCCCUCUGUACGCCAACAACAGGCACACAAAUUGGCUGACUUUCUCAAAGCCAAUCUUGAAAAUCUGGAUGGUCUGACUAGUGCCAAUAAGGACCUGUUGGCUGUUCACAAUGGAGCUUGGACACACCAAGACUCACAUGACGGCAAGAGACACCACUCAUCAUCCGAAGUUGGUCAAGAGAAAAUUGUACGUGCGUUUGCGGAGAUCAUGAAGAACAUGACUCGCAUGAAGACGUGUGUGAGGCCAGCCAUGUGCAAACCUUACGGGAAGCAGUCCGAAGCCUUACAAAAAACUCUCAUGGAUACUAUCCAGCUGGUCCAGUCUCUGCGUUCGUUCUUGCCACCUCCACACAUCGCUGUCAGCAGUUGGAAAAACGAGGAUAAGCACAGGAAGAGUGUGGGGCUGGAGGAGCUGUGCGACAGUAUGACUCGCAAGGACUGAUUUGUUUCAUAGCCUGUUGUCAUUCUAGUCACUGCCACAUCUGAUGUGGCCUAACCACCUUGUUAUUUAUCGUCUCAUCACAUCAUCUUGCGCAGUGCCGCAUCUUUAAGUCCUCUAAGGGCACCGCAGUGAUGCAGCUCCUUUCGAGAGCCACUGCUUUCUUAUUGUUAUUUAGGUUUUUUUAAUUGUUCACAACUCCAACGUAUCUGUACAAUAUAGAAUCUCACUGUUGUGUGAAUGUGUUAGAUUAACAGAUGCCCAUUUUCAUUGAUCUUGGGUUAAAAGUAGUACAUUGUAUAUUGUUUUUGUUUGUAAUUGUUUUUACAAAUUUGUUAAAAAUUUUAUUGUUGAAAAUGUAAAUGUCUUAUCUCCAAUGUGACUAUUUAUGUGUAAUAUUUUUCUUUGUGAAUACUACUUAAUUAUUAUUAUUAUUUAAGUUUAACAAAAUUUCUCUUAGCUUUACUAAUUUUUUGCCGUUCAGCUGCAUCACCUGACCUCAUCGUAGCAUGCCAUAUUAUUCUAGGUUUUAUUGUAGUUUUGUUAAUAUAAUGUUAUUUAAGUUUAAUUAUCUUGUACAGGUGUUAGUGUUGAUUGUUUUAGACUAAAUAUUUUAUUAUCAAUCAAUAUUGUCUCUAAGAGUACUGUAUUUUAGAGAUUUGUGUGCAGUUUUUAAAAUUGGUCUUAUUUUUACACUGUCGUAUGCUGUGAUUUUCAAAGAUUAUUUUGUACUUAGAUAAUAUACAUUUUGAGUUGGUUUGUACACGAUUCACUUUUUAUCAUUGUAAUAUUGUUAUUAUUUGUAAUGCAUGUAAAAUCACAAUUAUUAAAAUUACUACUUAAUUAAUUGUCACUAAGUGCAAAUAAUUAUAAAUUAAACACAUUUUGCUAUAGUUUUUGAGAACAAUUGAAAAUGGGAUAAUAGAAUACAAAAUUAAGUACUUUGUA